UCGGGUCAACAAGUUUUCUGGGUCAGCGACUGCAUACUUUUGUUCGAAAUUAUUCCGGGACGUCAGACUUCUUCGGGCAUCUAGUAAAUGAAGAACUAUUUCUACCCAACUUCCCCAUUGGGUAUGGUUAUCAAGCAGCAUGUCCAGACAACAGGAGUUCAUCUGUGGCCUCUCGCACGAGGUGACCAUAGCAGUCCUCCCCAGACUGAACAUGGAGGAGCUGAUGUUUGAACUCAACAGAAGGAUUCAAAACCUGGACACAGAAAAGAGCAUCAGGGACAGACUGGUUAAUAUCCUUAGGGAUGUGAUGUUGGAGGAAUAUCGUCAGUUGGAACGAAAGUCACAAAUCGGUUAUCAAGACAAAAUGACAAUCCCUGCUCAAGAAUUGGAGGCAAGUACCAUGCAUGACAGUGGUACGAUUGCGUAUGUUGAGAUAGUGCCCUCAGCUUCUGGCACUCCUACCUUCAGUACGCAGGUGCUAGAUACAAACAGUGCAACGAGUAAUUUUUGCAUAGAUAAGCCUUUGGAGAAAGCCUGCGAGGAAACACCUUUGGUUUCUUUUCAACAUUUUCAAGACCACAAUGACAUACCCUUGAAGAUGGAAUGCCAUGUGUCACAGGAUGAUCAAAUCAGCCAAACUUCUGAAAUGUCCAGCCCCGAUUUUCUUGAGCAUUAUACUGAUGACAGAGAGACUUGUGCCAUGAACAGCAAGUGUGAACAAGAUGAACAAAUCAGAAGUGAGGACACACCUUUGCCUUCAGGUCAACCGACUCCAGGCCAGUUUCUUCUUCCUGACAAUGACUCACGAAUUGAUUGCGAACGCUACACGUGUGACGUGUGUGGAUUCAAAACAUCAUUUGCACAGGAAUUCUCCAAGCAUAAACAAUGCCACAAAGGAGGAAAACCUUUCUUGUGCGACAAAUGUGGUUACAGGGCAUCAGAGAAGUACCAGCUGAAUUGUCAUAUUGUCAGAAAACACACGGGAGAGAAACCGUUCAAGUGUAAUCAAUGCAACUUCAGAACAGCGGUUAAAUGCCGCCUAUCCCAGCAUUUGAAAAGGCACACAGAUGAAAAACCUUACAGUUGUGAAAUUUGUGACUACAGGACCUACCGAAAGUUUGAUGUUAAGACACACAUGAGGCGCCACGCUGGUGUGAAACCCUACAAAUGUGAGGAAUGUGACUACAGGACAGCUUAUAAGCCUGGUCUUAUCAGGCAUAGGAGGUGUCACACUGGUGAGAGACCCUACAGUUGUCAAGAGUGUGACUACAAGGCAGCUGAAAAGGGUAGCCUUGUCAGGCAUAUGAGAAACAAGCACCAAUAAAGGUCCUGUAAGUUACGAAAAAUAAGUUGUCGCAAACACUUCUCAAAGUAACUAUUUGUGACAAAUCAAUAAUACAAUUGCCAAUGAUUCAAGUGUCAAGCUGAGAAAGUUCAUUUCAAAGCAUGCAUUUCAACUGAUAUCAUGAUUGAAAGUCUGUGAAUGUAUUUGAAAGAUAGGAAAAAGUAAGCACAGCAAUGUUAACAGUUAUUGCCUAUAGAUUUCAUGUUUUUUGUUAAUAUUGCAUUUUGUUAAUAUUUCAUUUAUUUUAUCUGUGUCUCUACACUUACUAACAGAAAUAAAGCAAAACAGUGACAAAGAUUUU